UUGGAACAUGCAUCAUCAUCCAAACUUAGGAGAUGCCGCCGCUUCCUACGAAUAUAUGCCGCUGUAUGAACAACCUAAGCCGCGAUUUAUAUUCAAAAUGCCACGUGUGGUGCCCGAUCAGAAGUCUAAAUUUGACGGUGAUGAACUGUUUCGACGCUUGUGCCGGGAAACCGAGGUGCGUUACACUGGCUACAGGGAAAGAGGUAUAGACGAACGACGCAUGCGAUUUGUGGGUGACUGCCGCAAGGGAUAUGCAGAGAUCUGCUUCGUGGCUUCCGGCACAAAUUUGCAGCUUUAUUUCAAUGCAAAUUUAAAUCCAUUCGCUCAGGAACAGGAGUGUGAUUUUGAGAAAGAGCGCGGCAAAGUUCAUUUGCGAUCUAAUUUCAUAAUGAAUGGGGUUUGUGUGCGUUUUCGUGGCUGGCUAGAUUUGGAACGGCUGGAUGGCAUAGCUUGUUUGGAAUAUGACGAAUUACGCGCCUUGCAGGAGGAUGCACAGCUGUGCGAGCAAAUCGAGAGCUAUAAACAGCGCAUGCAACGUGGAGGCGGACCAGGAGCGCCUCCACUUGGUGGUGCACCGAUGGCUUGGUGA